AUGGCUUCUAGCACAAACACUGUCUGGGUCGUGACUGGCGGCAAUAGGGGAAUCGGCCUCGGUCUUGUCAAAGCUCUUCUCGCUCGUCCCUCUGUCACCGUCAUCGCUACUGUUCGUAACGACAAGGCUCGCUCAGCUCUCGAGACCGCCGUUUCGAAUCCCCCCAAAGGAGACGGCAGUGUCUUGAGCAUUGUCCAGCUGGACUUCACCACUGCCCUCUCCCCCGAACAGAUCCGCAAAGCGUUCGACAUUGAUCACGUCGACGUCCUUAUCAACAACGCAGCCGCCAACUUCAAGUCAUAUACCGCCCUAGACAUCCCAACCGAUGACCUUCGCUCCGCAUUCGAGAUCAAUACAAUCGGUCCCCUUACAGUGGUCCAGGGACUUUGGCCCUUGUUGCAAAAGUCAUCUGCACCAAAAGUCGUCAACGUCUCAUCCUCUGUUGGCUGUAUCACCUACCAUGAAGUUGUCGCUGGAGCAUAUGGGCCCAGCAAGGCUGCCUUGAACUGGCUUACACGUGCUCUCCAUCUACAGAAUGAAGGGCUGAUCGCCUUUGCACUCCAUCCUGGUUUUGCUAACACAGAGAUGGGCAAGUCGGCUGCUACUGAGUGGGGAUUUCCUCAUGCUAUGCUCGAAAGUGUCGAGGAAGCUGCGAAGGGGAGUCUUGGGAUGAUCGACAGUGCUACGCGAGAGACUGUCUCGGGCAAAUUUGUUAGUUAUAAGGGACAAGAGCUUCCUUGGUAA